AUGAACUUGAAACAUGACUCGAUUGCGAUGGAAAUGGCUGCGAAUAUGGCGCUGAAAAUGCUGAUUGGUGAGAAGAAGUUUUUGGCGAAUUUGGAGAAGCGGGUGGAGCGGAGAUUGAUUGGCGAGGAGGAUUUUGAGGAGGAGGUGAGGCAGAAGCUUCCGAUGUACAAUUAAGCUUGGCCGAGACCACCCACGAAGCCUAAACUUGAACCAAAAAUAGAUAGAGAUGAAAAAAAUAAAAUUUCAAAUUUUCCUGUACGCAAAAGUUCGUCGCAGUGUUUGCACACACCAAUCCGCGGCGGCAAUUUCAAAUUUUGAAUUUGAGUUUUCCAGCAAAAACCUUCCACAUCCACCUCAGCUCUCAAAUCAAUGUCUCCCGAAACUGAAGAAAUCAUCGUAGCGAUUCGAGAAUUGAUUGGAAAUUUGAGAAAUUUGACAAAGUCAUUUGAAGGCAAGUCAUUUUCCUCCCAGCAAAAUCAAUUUCAAUUUUCAGAUUUAUCCGAGAAUUUUGUGACGGAUGAAGAUUCGAAAUUCUCGAAUCACGAUGCUGCAACUGUUUUUGAAGCCGGUCUGAAAGUUGAGCGAAUUUGUAUGAUGGAAGGGGUGGAAAUGGCGAAACAGUGGGUUUUUUUUUCGAAAAAAAAAUUAAUGGAAAACAAAUUUUUUUAUUUUUUUUCUAGAAUUGGAUCAGCUUCUAGAAGACUUACUCAUGUUAUAAAACAAUUGGGCAGAAAAUUUAUAGGGUAGGUUUUGCACAAAAAACAAAUGAAAAAUUGAAAUUUGGAUUUCCAGGAACUCGAAAAUCCACGUCUCAAAUUGUUAUUCAAGUUCGAAUCGACUUUGUGAUCUUUGUUAUACUGUAGCUCAAGAAAUCGAUCGAUUUGCUGAUGAAAAAUUGAAUAUUUCGAAUUUUGAAGCGCGCAAGAUUCAGGAGGUUUUUAUUUUUUCUCAAAUUUCUCAUUUAUUAUUACGAUUUUCUUUCAAAUAACCCAACCAUGAAUUAUUUAGUUUUUUUUUUUCUUUUUUCCAUCCGAGAAAAUCCAGAUGUAUUUCCUGUUUUCGGAUUUCAAAAAAAAUGAAAAACAUAAAUACAAAUAAAUAUUUUCAGAUUUCGAAAAAUCUUCUCGAAUCCAUUGACGCGUUUAAUUUGAUUGUUGUCGAAAAAUUGGGAGAAAUGAGGAGGAAAAAUGAGAAAUGGGAAGAAGCGACUUCCAGUUCGAAUUUGAAGGCUGAAAGUCCCCGCAAAUUUGCCACGUAUAGUCAGGAAGUGAAACAGAAAAGGGAGCAGAUGAAUGGGAGGAGACAUCGACCCGGAAGUAUUAACGCGAAAAUUUUGCGACAGAAUCAGAGGGGGUAUUUGCUGGAGUCGGGAUUGAGAAGGGUUGGUUGGUUUUGCACGGGAUUCUGGAUUUUGGAGAGCAAUUUUCUAACGAGCAAGAUCCUGUUUUCAGUUUUUGCUGAGAAAUUCUCUGAAGAGCCCAAAAAUGAGCCAAAAGUUGAGAAUUUUUGAAAAUUCGUGGAUUUGAGAGCCCAUAACUCAUGUUAGAGAUGAUUUUAUGGAAAAUUGAGCACAGAGCGAUGUUCAGCAAGGUCGAUUUACCAAAUGUGCAAUUUUCUGAGCCACAAAAUGUUUUUUUGAAAAAUUGUGAAUCGACCCUCCUGAACAACGUAAUCAAUUCAGUUUUUCAUAAAAAUCAUCUCUAACAUGAGUUAUGAGCUCUCAAAACCACGAAUUUUCGAAAAUUCUUCAUUUUUGGGGUCUUCAGAGAGUCGCGGAGCAAAAACUGAAAACAGGAUCUUGCUCAGCGUGAAAAACGGUACAGAAACAUUUUUGAAAAUCUCCGAGAGAUGAUCCGAGAGAAAAAUGAGCUAAAAAUCAAUAAUUUUCGAAAAUUUGUGGUUUUGAUUGCUCAUGUUAGAGAUGGUUUUUUUUUUGGAAAACUGAAUACAGGGCGAUGUUCAGCAGGGUUGAUUUACCAAAUUCAAAAUUUUUGGACAACAUUUUUCAAAUGUACAAUUUUCUGAGCCACAAAAUUCUUUAUGCAUUCAGUUUUUCAUGGAAUCAUCUCUAACAUGAAUUACAGCCUCUCAAAACCACGAAUUUUCAAAAAUUCUCCAUACUUGAAGAAUUUUGUGGCUCAGAAAAUUGCGCAUUUGAAAAUUUCUGGAAAACUUUGUCAAAACUUGGUAGAUCGACUCUCCUGAACAUCGCCCUGUAUUCAAUUUCUCAUGAAAUCAUUUCUAACAUGAGUUAUGGACUCUCAAAACCACGAAUUUUCAAAAAUUCUCCAUUUCAUGGGGUCUCAAAGAGUUUUGGAGCAAAAAUUGAAAACAGGAUCUUGCUCAGCGUGAAAAACUGUACAGAAACAUUUUUGAAAAUCUCCGAGAUCUCAAAACACAUUUCUCGUAACUAUUUUUAUCAAAAAAAAAACUGACACGAGGAAAAAAUAAUUUCGCGUCUCACUGAUGAUCAUUCGGCUGGAACCCCUUCGUCCAAAAAAAGAUUCCAAAAAAUUUUUAAAUCAAUUUGUUUCCAGGCUCGAGCUCGCAUUUCCUGCUCCUCAUCGACUACUAAAAUCGCCACGGCCGCCGCCCCGAAAAAGGUAUCCAUCAACUUUUUGUGCAAAUUUUUUGACCUUUAGUUUUUUUUUCCAGAAAGAAUCUCCCGAACCUCCUUCAAAAAACGACGAGGUUUUCGAAACGGCCGCAAUUUUGAGUCGAGAAAUUAUGGACGAAUUGAGACAAUUAAAGUUUUGA